UCCACGCGCACGUCAGCAGGUGCAGACAGAGAGAAGUGGGGUCUCGUGGCUUCAUCAUCACUGCAUCAGAAUAACGCCGGUAUAUAAUACUUUUACAUCAAUAUAACAUUCUCAGAAGAUGGUAGCAAAACAAAGGAUCCGUAUGGCAAACGAAAAGCACAGCAAAAACAUCACGCAGAGAGGCAACGUUGCAAAGACCCUGCGACCUCAGGAGGAGAAGUACCCCGUGGGGCCGUGGCUCCUGGCUCUGUUCGUCUUCGUCGUCUGUGGAUCAGCCAUUUUUCAGAUCAUCCAGAGCAUCAGGAUGGGAAUGUGAUCCAGUGCCCCACCAGACUCCCCUUUCCCCCUCACACCCUUUCACCAGACCUGGGGCUGCUUGCCACCCUACGUUCCUAACACCUCCAGGAGGCCCGACUCAGGACAGCUCUUUGUCCAUCAGGGCAGGCCUGGGAGAGGAAUGGACCACCCCCCUUCCCCCCUGCCAUCCUCGAUCACAUUUACAGAGUUCCAGGGCAGGAAGAUGAAAGCUUUUCUACUGACAGUUUGAACCACAACAACUGGCUGGAUGAACCUUGUACAGUGUGUCUUAUACCUGCUCAUAUGUGUGAGUGUAUGUGUGUGUGAGAGAGUGUGUGCAGUCCAAGAUGUGACUGGCUGCUGACAAUGUGCCAUACUGCUGUGUUUCUAUAUUUAUCUGUGUUGCGUGAGAACCUUUUUUUAAAUAAAUGUGACUUUGUUUGGGAAA